AUGUUUGUCAACCUCCGCAACUGCGUGCUCGGCCUCCUGGUCGCCGGUGCCACCGCCUCGCCCAUCACCAAGGACCUGGCCACCAUCGAGAAGAGGCAGAACUUGCCCAACGGCGUCGCCAUCUUCAAGUGCACCGUUCCCAACACCAUCGCCUUGACCUUCGAUGAUGGCCCUCACAUCUGGACCGAGAACGCCGUCAACCAGCUCGAGGCCGCCGGCAUGAAGGGCACCUUCUUCCUCAACGGCAAGAACUUCGGCGAGCUCAAGAACUAUGUUCCUCUCCUCAAGCGCAUGCGCGCCAACCGCCACCAGAUCGGUUCUCACACUUGGGACCACCCCUACCUCACCCAGCUCAGCGAUGCCGCCGUCCGCAAGCAGAUGACCGACUUUGAGAACGAGCUCCGUCGUCUCAUCGGUUACUACCCCACCUACAUGCGCCCUCCUUACUUCGACUACAACGCCAAGACCCUCGCCGUCAUGAAGGAGCUCGGCUACCGCGUCAUCCACGCUGACCUUGACACCAACGACUGGAAGUUCGACAUGCCCGCCUCCAUCGCCGCCUUCAAGGCCGGUGUCGCCAACAACCGCAUUGUUCUUGCUCACGACGUCCACGAGACCACCGUCAAGACCCUGCUCCCUGCCAUGAUCAAGGAGGUGCAGAGGCUCAAGCUCAAGGCCGUCACUGUCGGCGAGUGCCUCGGCGAGCCCUACGCCUACUGGUACAGGGUCACUCCCCGCGCUUAG